AUGGACCUCCUUGGAGUAGCAAGACAUCGUCAGGAUGACCUGGAUAUUGCUUCAAAGCCUCGGGAAUCUCUGGGGUCCGGUUAUGGCUUGAGUUUGAGUUGUCAGAGUUGCACUAAUCCUGCGUGCCAGGUUCUGGCGUUUACAGCGCACAAGGCUGAAAUUACCUCGCUGACGAGCAGGACAUACAUAGGGGUAAAUGUGCACAGCAGCAGGCCACAGACUCUAGAUAGAGAACUAGUAGCUGGCGCUCCUCGAAACAUUCAUCACUUGACGAUGAUUGUGGCUAUUUCUCAUUCGCCGCCCCAGACCAAAAUGUGGCGGGCGCCAGAACAACGAAAUCUCGGGAUGGCGGUGAUUAAGAGUCUGGAGGUUUAA